ACAAAUUUUAGUUGAUCAAUAUGUGCUUCAGAGUAGAAAAAAAGACAAAGUUUAUUUUGAGAGCAUGAUAAAAAAAAUUCAAAUAUAUUAGUAACAUAUUGUGAAACUUGAACUUAAAUUUGCAUGUCUUACUAGAUGUAGCAUUCAUACUGACAGUGGACAACAGGACUAAAUACAAUUCAAGCCAACUAUGGAAAAUCUUGUCAGGCAGGAUGCGACGUGAAUAACAUAUGAAUGUUAGUCAGACUCUGAGUCAGUUCCCUUCAGAAACGAGACACCGGUGCAGGGCAACAUCACUUGAGCUCCAACCAAGAUGACAGAUUGUUCAGAGCUCACUUUCAAUAUUGAUCAUGGUUAUCUGGAGGGUUUGGUGCGAGGACUUAAGGCUGGGCUCCUUACUCAGACGGACUAUCACAAUCUGGCCCAGUGUGACACACUUGAAGAUAUGAAGUUGCACCUUCAGAGUACAGACUACGGCACGCUGCUGUGCUCAGCUGAGGAGGACCUGACCGUGUCUCUGGUGGACCGCAAACUGAGGGACAACCUGGUCACUGAAUUCAACUGCCUCCGCUCCAACAGUCUGCCACCGCUCUCCACCUUCCUUGAUUAUAUAACCUACGGCUACAUGAUUGACAACGUGGUGAUGCUGAUCACCGGAGCCCUGAAACAGAGGCAGGUCGAAGAACUACUCCCACGUUGUCAUCCCCUCGGUGCAUUUGAGCAAAUGGCAGCCGUGGGCAUCGCCCGCACUCCGACGGAACUCUACACAACAAUCCUGGUUGACACUCCGCUCGGUCAGUUUUUCCAGGAAGCUGUGUCAGAAUCAAACUUGGAUGAGAUGGAGGCUGAAAUACUGCGAAACAAACUUUAUAAGGUGACAACUACUUCUAAUAUGCAAAAUUUUUCUUCAUCAGUUUCGAUAUCAUGCUUGAUUUUCACUGUAUGUACUUUAAAGGCAUAUUUAGAGUCAUUUCACUCUUUCUGCAAGAACAUUGGUGGUGCCGCAAAGGAUAUCAUGUGUCCGAUUUUGGAGUUUGAGGCAGACAGACGAGCCUUCAUCAUUACUGUCAACUCCUUCGGGACAGACCUGAGUAGUGCAGAUCGGAGUUCACUGUUUCCAUCUUGUGGCAAACUUUACCCUGAAGGGCUGCAAUUGCUGUCCAAAGCCGAAGACCAGGAACAAGUCAAAGCGGUCGCUGACUAUUAUCCUGAUUAUCAAAUUGUUUUUGACAACCAAGACCCACAGUGUGAUUACAAGACUCUGGAAGACAGAUUUUUUCAGCAAGAGGUGAAGCUGAACACACUUACGUUCCUCCAGCAGUUCCACUUUGGCGUGUUUUAUUCCUACGUCAAACUGAAGGAGCAGGAGAUCCGCAAUAUUAUCUGGAUUGCCGAGUGUGUCACUCAGAGGCAAAAGUCCAAGAUACACAAUUACAUCACCACUUUUCAGGGUACAAGUUAAGGGGUAAACGGUAAAGAUGUGGAUGAGACACGUGAAAAACAACUGAAUUUAAUAAAACAAGUUAAAGUUG